GUUGAGUAUCUUGGCGUCCCUCUCCACAACUUCAGCCUCUUCCCGCGAUAGUGGACACUGCUCAAUAAACAAUUCGGCAUCCGUUUAUUAUCAGUGUAUUGCCAAUGGACGACCAACAGAAAGCGGCUUUCGAGUCGCAGUCCCUAGAACUCCGCGCCGAACUAAAGACUUGGGAGUCUGCCUGGGCCAAGAGCCACCAUGGACGGAAGCCUGGCCGAGAUGAUAUCAAGCGCAACCCGGAUAUCGCCCAGAAAUACAAACAGUAUAACAAGCUUCGCGACAUUUUAUCCGGCAAGGUGCCCCCUCCUUCCAAGCACGAUGACCAGCAAAAGAAGCGCAAAUCAGUCGAUUUGAAGACCCAGACACCCUCCAAAAGGCAAAAACAUCUCGAGACUCCCUCCAAACCGCGUUCAUCUCCAUACAACCCAAAAUCCACCGCGACGCCGUCCAUCUCCAGAACCCUAUUUAGCCCCGCGGCACCUCGAUCCAUUGGACCCACUCCACAGCGGGACGGUCGUGUUUUAGGCCUGUUUGAUCUCAUGGUAGAGAGGGAACUGGGAACCCCGUCCCGAGGGACCGGCGUGACCGCGAUAUGCGAAGCUCCCACCUCCCAGACGACGCCGAGCAAACGGAAAGCCGCCGAGAUGGAAGACGACGACGACAAUGACACGAAGCCAGGCCGCCGAACCCCCAUGUCGGCGAGCAAAAGACAGCUCCUGAACAGCUUCCUGACCCCGCUCAAGUCCAAGGACGUCAACGCCCGAGCCGCCAGGACGCCCAUGUCCGUCUCCAAGCUGCAGUUCAACACCCCGGCCUUCCUCAAGCGGCACAGCCGGGCCCCGCCCGACGAGGAAAACGGGCCCGUCCCGUCCCCGCCCCCUCUCCGGCUGCCGAGGAAGCCGCUCGGCCGCGGGCUCAGUGCCAUCGUCGCCAGCUUGCGCAAGAUCGAGGAGGAAGAGACCCACGAGGACGACAUGGAGGCUCUUCGCGAGACGGAGGCCGGCGAAGACGCCCCGCCACCCAGAGAUCCGGGGAAGCCGCCGCGGCCUGCGUCGAGGUCUGAGAAGGAGGAUAUCCUCGUUGCCGACAGCCUGGUCAGGAACCUGCCGUUGGGCGGGUUCGACGACGAGGCCAUGUACGACAGCCCGGAGGAGGAGGCGGGGCUUGGCCGGAACGGGCAACCGCUGAGGAUAUUCAAGAAGAAGGGCCAGAAGAGGACGACGAGGAGAUCGAACAUGAAGCCGGUGUUUGUGAAACGGAGGACGGCCGCUGCUGGGACCGAACACCAGGAAGCAGCAGGCGGUGAUGGGGAUCCGGACGAAGAAGCUGUCCCCGAGACGCAGGUUGUUCGUGACGGUGUCAAGGAUGAUGACGGCGUGCCGUCCGAUUUGGACGAUUUCGUACCUUCGGAUGGCGAUGGGGAGGACGAAAAUGAAGGAAAACCGGCGCCGAAGAAGCAUGCCAAGGAGGGUCCGGUCAAGAAGGCGGCACGGAAAGUCAACGAGUUGGCGCAUGCCAAUUUCCGGCGCCUUAAACUCCGGAACUACGGGGCCAAGGGGGGGCCGGGACAAAAUAGCAGGUUUCGGCGGAAACGCUAAGCAAGUCUCAAGAGACUAUUCCGGUAGGGUGGCCUGGCGCGUAUAUGUAUAUCAUAUAUGCGAGGGUCAGACUUGGGCAUGGUGGAAGUGGUAUCGGUUUCCAUCACGAGUUGGAAACGAGCAAGGUCACGACCGCAUCAUGGGUGCACAGGCGUAUAGUGAGGGUGUUCUGGGUUUAGCGAUAUUUUUAUUCAAGGGUAUAUGUCGGGAUUGGACGGGCUUUCAUAGCCCUGCCACUUAUUGCUCUGUGAGGAAGGAUCGUCAGAAGAUCAAAAUGUGAGAUCAACAGACGGGAGUACCCGGCAUGAUAGUGACCGAGUUUGUAUUCAAUGAGAGAUGAUAGAAGUGUUUGUUUCAACUACAUAAGUUGGGACUGGU